AUGGAAGAUCUGAAGUUUGGGUUCGCUUUGGUGGUAUCGUUCAAGAAUGUAUCGACUUCUCUCCAAGCUCUCUCCCACCAUGCACAAGAGAAAGAGCGUUCGUUCGUUUUCAUCCUCCAUAACAGGUCCGUUUAUGUCGCUAAGUGUAAGUGCGAAACCCUCGCCGGGUGGCGUCAACAUAGGAGAAGUGAUGUUGUUCGACCCCGCCAAAGAAGAGCUACUCGAACUAACGGACAAAAUAAUUCCUGA